AAAAAUAAAAAGACAAUAAAAAACAAAUUAAAUAAAAUGUCAAUCAAUCUGGUUAAUAAGAGUCAAAAUCCAGCACUAAAACAUAUGAAAAAAAGCAUCCCACGUGAUUAAGAAUUAACCUACUUUAUUUAAUUCUCAUUUUAAUUAUCAAUAUUCUUUUCUUCUUCAAAUCUUGAACCUCCAAAUCUUCUUCUUCACGAUCCAAUUCACAUUCCCAUUUCUCUUUUUAAAGUUUAAAUCUAAAUAAAUAAUAAACGAAAACAAAGGGGCCAAAACAGUAAAAGAAAAUUUUCAAAAGAAAGACAAAAAAAAAAAAGUUCUUGGCUAUUUAGUUUUGGGUUGUUACUUGAUUACUAAUUUUGUUUUUUAAAGGUACAAUCUUUAAUUAAAGAAGGGCUUUGUUUGAAAAGAAACAGAGAUGGGUGGUGUUGCUGUCGAUGGCUUGUUGUCUCUUUGCUUUUUUUCUCUUUGGAAAAACAAAAGAUCUUGGAUAGUGGUGAAACACUAUGAGGAGCAGCAUAAGGAUUAAAAAGCCGAGACGAGGCGGAGUUUUUCGGGACUUGGGGCAGACAAUGAAGUGUUUAUGCGCCGGAGAGAAAUUAAUCAAAGUAGAACAGAUGAUACCUCCAUCAGAAUCCCUUGCCGUAGAAGAUCGUUCACUGUGUGGUCAUUCUUCUAAAUUCAGUAAUGGUGAGAACAAGCCAGAUACCAGGAACAUAGAAGAAGCUGAAUUGUCGCUGCGUGAGAGUAGUUCACUGAAUUAUGAGGAAGCUAGAGCAUUGCUAGGAAGAAUCGAAUAUCAGAAAGGAAAUAUCGAAGCUGCACUACAUGUGUUUGAAGGAAUAGAUAUCGCCGCAAUAAUUCCCAAAAUGAAACUCAGCCUUACUCGAAAAGUUGAAAGGCGUAAGAGACAAUCUCAUGAUUAUGCUCCUCCACCAAUGCCUGUUCAUACCAUUAGUUUACUGCUUGAAGCAAUCUUUCUCAAAGCACAAUCAUUGCAACAUCUCCAAAGGUUUCGAGAAGCUGCUCAAACCUGUAAAGUUAUUCUGGACGUAAUAGAAUCUUCGUUACCGGAUGGCUUGCCGGAAAACUUUGGUGCCAACUGUAAAUUGCAGGAGACUCUAAACAAGGCAGUCGAGUUGCUUCCGGAGUUAUGGAAAUUAAGUGAUGCUCCAUUUGAAGCAAUCUUGUCUUACCGGUGGGCGCUUCUUCAUACAUGGAAUCUUGACGCGGAAACUACUGCAAGGAUUCAAAAACAUUUUGCCGUUUUUCUCCUGUAUUGCGGAGAUGAAGCUUGUCCCCCAAACCUCCGCUCGCAAAUGGGCAGUUCAUUUGUCCCGAGGAAUAACAUAGAGGAGGCUAUACUGCUCUUAAUGAUUCUAUUAAGAAAAGUUGCUCUAAAAAGAAUCGAAUGGGAUCCAUCAAUUUUGGAUCAUCUAUCUUUUGCUCUCUCCGUAUGUGGUGAUUUAAAGGCUUUGGCUAAGCAAAUAGAAGAACUGCUUCCGGGGGUAAUUAAUCGCAAAGAAAGAUACCGUAUUCUAUCUCUCUGUUACCACGGAGCAGGUGAAGAUUCGGUUGCUUUGAUUCUACUCCGAAAAUUGUUGAACAGUAACGAGGAUCCAUGUUGUGUUCCAGCAUUGAUGAUGGCAUCAAGAAUUUGCGGGGAAAAACCGAUUCUUGCGGAAGAAGGGAUUAGUUUUGCUCAUAGAGCCCUUGAAAGCCUGGAGGAUGAGUGCAAUGAAUUGGAAGGUACCAGUAACUUUUUAUUGGGUGUGGCUUGUUCAAUGCAUUCGAAGUCCGUCUUAUCCGAUUUUGAGAGGGUUGCAAUACAGUCCAAGGCCCUCCAGGCUUUGGAAAGUGCUCAGAAAAUCACAAACAUGAAAGAUCCCAGUAUUCUUUAUCAUCUUAGCCUGGAAAAUGCCGAGCAGAGAAAGCUGGAAGCUGCACUUUAUUUUGCAAAGUCUUUGUUAAAACUAGAAGGUGGUUCUAACAUUAAGGGAUGGCUGUUAUUGGCUCGUAUAUUGUCAGCUCAAAAAUGUUUCUUGGAUGGUGAAAUUGUUCUUGAUGCUGCCUUGGAUCAAAUCGGGAAAUGGGAUCAAGGAGAAUUGUUGCGCACCAAAGCUAAGCUUCAAAUUGCACGGGGACAACUCAAGAGUGCCGUUGAGACGUAUAGUCAGCUUUUUGCCCUUCUUCAAGUACAGUGUAAAAGCUUUGCUUUGGGGAAGAAGCUUCAUAAGGAUCAUAGAUACUCUUUGACAAGUUUCGAACAAGAAAUAUGGCAUGAUCUAGCAUAUCUCUACAUAAGCUUGUCACAAUGGAGAGAUGCCGAGAUUUGUCUUUCGAAAUCAAAAGCUAUAAGUUCUUACAACGCUGUUCGAUUUCAUGCCACUGGUGUACUGUAUGAGAGAAAAGGCUUGCUAAAAGAAGCUAUGGAGGCGUUUUGUACUGCGCUGGAUAUUGAUCCAGAUCAUGUCCCGAGCAUGAUAUCUGCUGCUGCUGUGCUCAGACGAGUUGGUGGCCAAUGCAAUGCGGUCAUAAAAAGCUUGCUGAUGAACGCUCUUCGGGUCGAUCAAAUGAAUGGGUUGGCAUGGUAUAAUCUUGGUUUGCUUCAUAAAUCUGAAGAAGUUGGUUCAUCAAUGGAAGAAGCGGCUGAAUGUUUUGAGAUUGCUGCCAUUCUUGAAGAGUCAGCACCUAUUGAGCCAUUCAGAUAAUUUUGACAGUUAUCCCAUUGUUGGUAAAAGUAUUGUGAGGUUUUUGUACUAGGAGUCGGAUUACAUUUUGUCCCCUCUAUUCAAUAAAUAGGUAAACUAGUUCCUGUACAUUAGAUUAAAGACCAAAUUGGUUAUUUUUGUCAAAAAGCUCAUCCUUUUGUAUGGUUAAAAAUGCAUGUACCUCGUGUUGACAUACAA